GUGAGGAUUAGAAGAGCAGGUCUGCGUCUGCACAUGAUCAGAAUAAUCUGCUUCCUUCACACUGUUUUCAUCGGACCUUCAUUUGAAAGAGACUUGUUUCGUCGCCUUGUUUUGGGCCGACCACACUCUGUGGGUGGUCCAGGUCCUGCCCAGGUGGCGGCAGGAGAGAGAGAGAGAGUGGAAGUAGCUUCAGCCUCAGAAAGGAAGCGUCCUGGACUGAAAGACUGGUGUCCAGCAGAAGAUCUCAGAGUGGGUGACCUCUCAACUACGGCUCAGCGUCAGAGUGCAGAGGUCGCCUCUGGGGUCUGGCGCCUUAUUCGGGUGCCGGAGGCAAGUGGAGGGGAGCGUUUCCACCUGGCAACAGAUGAGCUGUCAGAGCCUGGAUUCUUCAUCUGAUCAGGUGCCACUCACCCAUCAGCCCAAGCCUCCCUCCUCUCAUGACAUUUGAGCCUAAAGUCGACAAAAUGAUCGGCGCUGACGUCAUCCACGUUGGCGGGAAGAGUGCGGCGCUAACCAUGACUGGCAGGUGGUCAAUAGUGGAGCGCAUUGAUCCCAGACAAUCUCAUUUGUGUGUGUGUCGGCGCUUUCAGAGGCCUUUCUUCUGUGCGACACCAUCGAUCCCAUGGAAGCUGAUUUGGAGGACGACGGGUGGGAGGAGCGAUGCCGUCGCUCGUACUAUUGACACCUGAUGAAGCCCUCUGCUGGCUGUGGACCGCCGAGGUCAUGUGACCUGAUGGAGUUUGGAAACAGAACCAAGCGCAGAGUCGGAUCAAAGGAGCGCCGACUCACUGUGACCUGGAGCAGCCUGGGAACUGUGGAGCAGCGGAUCAGGUCUCUCAGACUCCCAAUGAGGACGUCGUUCCUUGGUUUCUGAGGGAAAAAGAAGAAGGUUCAUUUUUGCUGAGUCACCUGAAGUCAGUGCUGAGUCAGCUCUGAACAUCGAAGCUUUAUUGAUUCUGUUCGACUGACAGAACAGAUUCUACGUUUAAGGAAAAAGAGAACUUGACGUUCCAUCGUCCGAUCGUGUGUUGAUCUUCAUUUUUCCAUCUGAAGGGAUUUAUGGGGCAUCAGCUCAGUGCCCACACAUCAUCAUGGGAUGUGAACGCGUGACCUUUGCUCCCUGAUCAAUCUCCUUCCCACCGAGCCGCCCAAGAAGCCCGACCCGGUCACCUCAGAAACCGUGGUCUUCUGGGGACUGAGGUUAUGGCAGGUCAUCGGGAUAUUCGCUGUUUUCGCUCUGGCCGUAGUCAUCACCCUCUGUUGCAUCUUCAAGUGCCGGAUUCCUCGAACGAAGAAGGAGAUCGAGGCGCGUCACGCUCAGCGGCAGGCGGCGAAGAAGUACGCCAACACGCUGGAGACGGUUCCUCCUCUGAACGAGCUGACCGAGAUCCCGGGCUCCUCUUUCCAGACGGUCUCAGAGCAGGUCCAAACUCAGAGCGACGCUCAGCCGUCAGCGGUGGUGGAGGAGCUGCCAAAGCCGAGGAGCAGGAGGAGGUGACCACCGUGGCGGGGAAGGUGGACGGAGAGAAGAAGAGCAAGGAGGGCAAGAAGGAGGGCAGAGGUGCCGGCAAAGAAGGGAAAGGAGAGGAGAAGGAGGCAGCCGGGAAGAAGAAGGGCGAGAAGGGCGAGAAGGCGGCGGCCAGCGGCGAGGGGAAGGGACGGAAGCCUGCGGAGAAAGGAGGCGCGAAGAAGGCGGCUAAAUAACUGUGACUCACACACACUGCCCCAGAGCAGCCCUUUCUAGGUCGCCAGGGUUAUAAGAAGAGACGGACGCAGAGGUGGAGGUGUACACCCAACACUGUUUAUUCACAACGGACCAGACGGACAACAGACACGAAGAAGUGGCGCCACUGCUCCACACUCUGGCGGCAGAUCAAUGAAUGAAUCCACGAGAGGCGUCGGACGGUGGUCAGUGUGACCAACAGCAGGCGGCGCCUCCAGCUCUUACACGGCUCAGAUGACAACAACAGACAACAGCAGUGGAGGGGCCCGGGACCCCGCCGCAGGUCACCUCCCUGGACAGCCCUCCUGCCACGGGUCUGCAGGGGACACCCUGGACAGCCGUCCGGCCCAACCACACUCGCCUGCACCAUGUGACUCCCGGGGCCUAUGAGUUCCAUUUUUUUUAUUUAUAAAACAUAUAAAACAGCUCUUCAUUGUCUUUCAUGAGAAGCUACGAAGGAGCAGACACUUUUCCAGAUAUGGUGUAAACAAACAAACAUCAAAGCACGGAAGGGUCCCCUGGUGUUGCUGUGACGUCAUCCACACUGCACCACGCGUUGAAGGACACACUGAUCUGCUCCACGGAACUCACCAACAGAAAAUCAAGAAUCUGUACAGUUGUUUGCAC